CUCUCUCUCUCUCUCGAGCCCCCUCAAAUGGCUCAUUUCACCUUCCAUUUAUUGUUCAUAAUUUCUUAAAUAUUUGGUUUUGGCCAAGAAGAAAAGUAUUUGGGUUUUCUGAAGACAGCCCAUUUAAUAUACAACUACAUAGAGAGAAAAAGGAUUUCAAGCCUUGAACGAACGUCGGCAAAAUUGAGUCCCUCUCUUUUUACGAAGAGAGGGGAUAUAUGAAGGCCCAUUAGUUUUAGAUUCUGAUAGCUUAUCAAUUCUAUUCAACUGCAUUUGAGUGUGAGGGGUUAAGAAAGAAAAGAAAAAAAGAAUAAUUAUUCGAGGGAUUUCGAAUGGGGUCCAUUUGUGGGGAGUCAUCGGUCGAUUUUGACGGUCAAGAUGAGGAGAAAAUCUAUGUGGCGAUAAGGCUAAGGCCGUUGAACGAGAGAGAACUCUCGAAAAAUGAUGUCUCUGAAUGGGAAUGCAUCAACAAUACAACUAUCUUGUUCAAGAAUACUUUUCAAGAACGUACAUUGCUUCCUACAGCUUACACCUUCGAUAGAAUCUUCGGAUACGAUUCUCCCACGAGGCAAGUUUACGAUGAUGCCGCCAAAAAGAUUGCGCUUUCUGUAUUAAAUGGAAUAAAUUCAACUAUUUUUGCAUACGGGCAAACGAGCAGUGGAAAGACAUACACGAUGAGCGGCAUUACCGAAUACACAAUAGAAGAUAUAUAUGACUACAUAAACAUGCAUUCAGAAAGAGAAUUCAAACUGAAAUUUUCGGCCAUGGAGAUUUACAAUGAAUCGGUCAGAGACUUACUCGUCAUGGACUGUACUCCUCUUAGGCUUCUAGACGAUCCAGAGAGAGGGACUGUUGUCGACAAACUUACAGAGGUGAAUUUAACAGAUUAUAACCAUCUAAAAGAGCUACUAUCAAUAUGUGAAGCUCAGAGGCAAAAUGGGGAGACUACUCUAAAUGAAGUGAGCUCACGAUCUCAUCAAAUCCUACGCUUGACAGUCGAAAGUGAAGCUCGUCAAUAUAAAGGUGCAGGCAGUUCAAGCCUUCUUACAGCUUCAGUGAAUUUUGUUGAUCUUGCCGGGAGUGAACGUGCUUCUCAAACAUUAUCAGCUGGGACGAGGCUAAAAGAAGGUUGCCACAUCAAUCGAAGUUUACUCACUCUUGGCACUGUUAUUCGCAAAUUGAGCAAAGGAAGAAACGGGCACGUACCAUACAGAGACUCGAAGCUCACGCGCAUACUUCAGAACUCGUUAGGCGGGAAUGCUCGAACAGCAAUCAUCUGCACAAUGAGCCCGGCCCACAGCCACCUGGAGCAAUCGAGGAAUACGCUAUUAUUCGCCAGCUGUGCAAAACAGGUCAGCACAAAUGCCCAAGUCAACGUGGUGAUGUCUGAAAAAGCGCUCGUGAAGCAGCUUCAGAAGGAACUCGCUCGUCUAGAAAACGAGCUCAAGAAUCUCAGCUCCACAGCUGCCUCGUGUGGCUCCUCGUCAGUCUUGAAAGAGAAAGAGCUUCUCAUCGAUAAGAUGGAUAAAGAGAUAAAGGAACUCACUCACCAGCGAGACUUAGCUCAGUCGCGAGUCGAGGACAUGCUUCGUUCGGCCUCCAUUACAGAAUACAACCCGUCGAAAUCUUGGGUCGACAUGCAUAACCACGAGAAAUCCUCGUCGUGGGCUAGUGAAUACGCGCCAUCCGAGAUGUCGGACAUAAUCGACCCCACGUCACGAACGCCUCACAUUUCUGAAGCCGUUGUUCGGUCGAGCGCGAUCGAGGAUAAUUUUCCCGAGCAGUUUUUGUCAGGUGACACGUCACCCGGACUUUACAUCGAUAAGUACUUUGGUCCUGACCCGUGCAGAGGCUGGGAAAAGAUGGCAGCUGUUCAAGGACAAAGCAACGGCUUUGAAGAAAACUGCAAGGAGGUUCAGUGCAUUGAGACCGAUUUCGUCAAUAGGAGUGUCGAGUCGAAUUCAGAUUCCCCACGUAAAGAGAGACCUACUCGUUUACCGCACGACGAAUCAUAUUCUGCCAAACGGAGUAGGAGUCUAUCUGCACUAACAUCCCCACAAAAUGGAGCGCAAGUUUCCGGAAUUUCAUCGGAUAAUGAUGCGUAUUUCAUCAAGAGCGAGACUAUUUCUGGCUUACCUUCAGACGAUGGCGUGUAUUUCGCUGAAAGAAAAACGAUUUCGAUCCCACCUUCCCCACAAAAGGAUGCCCAAGUUUCAGACCGAUCUCCGUUUUCAUCGGACAACGACUCGUCAGACACGGGCGUGAAUGUCCCGAGGAGCCAAAGCUGUGCAGCAAUUCUGACUACUGUUACAAAAUCUCCAAGUCUUGAGCCAGAAGAAGAAGAUGAAGAUGAAGAAGAAGAAAAAGAAGAAGAAGAAAAGGAUCAUGGGUUUCACGAUAAGUCGAGCAGCCAAGAACAGCUUUCUGAUGCAGGGCCAAAGGCUAAUAAAAGUUGGAAUCUAUGCAGAGAGGAUUCGGAAAAAUCCGACAGGAGUGACUGUCUGAAUGAUGACGAGGACCAAAUCAUAAUGACAUUCGGUAAAAAUGAUCGUAAAAAAGAAGCCCCCAUUUUGAUAGAAAAUAAGGAAGUUGUCGAGCUCAAAUCAGUGAAGCACGUUGAUUAUGAUCCGGAAAUGGUGGAAGAGAAAAAACCGAAUCAGCCAGAGGAAAAACAUGCUAUUGCUAAAGCUAUCACGUCCGAUAAAACUCCAGACACAGAGAAAUCAGCUUCCGAUUGGCAAGCCGAAUAUGAGAAGCAAAUGACACAGAUAAUCGAGCUUUGGGAUGCUUGCCACAUUCCUCUAAUCCACAGAAGCUAUUUUUUCCUUCUUUUCAAAGGGGACCCAUCAGAUGCCGUUUACUUGGAAGUCGAACUCAGAAGGCUCUCGUUUCUCAAGAACAUGAAGCAUGGAGUCCAUACAAUCAAGAAUGGCUCGAUUUCCAUGCCAGCCUCUAGCGCGAAGAAUCUCAACCGGGAAAGAGUGAUGCUGAGCAAACACAUGCUCAAGAAGUACUCGGCAAAAGAACGAGAAGCUCUAUUCAAGAAGUGGGGCAUCGAGCUAAAGUCUAAACAGAGGAGACUUCAGUUGUGUCGGCUUCUUUGGACAGACAACAAAAAUACAGAACACGUGAAAGAGAGUGCAUCGAUUGUUGCUAGGUUGGUCGGGUUCAAAGAACCGAGCCAGGCGCCUAAGGAGAUGUUUGGGCUUAGCUUCGUGCCUGCAAGAAACGGGUCUUUCAGCUGGAGAAAGAGCUUGCCUCCUAUGAUGUAAAAGGCGAUCUUUUCUCUUGUUUUACUUGAUUCGGUUUUAGUGAGCUAGUGAAAUAAUACACUUUGGAAUAGUUUUCCUUGUUUUCUUUUUUUUUUGUUUUUCGUGUUUUUUUUCUGUAAACGGUGAAGACUCAUCGUUCGUGUGUUUGUGUGUGUGUAUACAUGGAGUUGAGUUGCCGAACUCCUCUUUCGGAAGGCUCCAACCGAGUACAGUAAAGCUUUCUCUCUAUAUAUGUAAGCUAUCAGGAAUUGGAUUUUAACUGCUUGUCAGUGAAUUUGUGAAAUUUAUUAUGUGUCUCAGUGCAUGUACCAUACAGACAGUGUGUUCUUGUGUUGGCUGUUGUUUUGUG